AUAUUAACUUUACUUAUUGCAGAGUUCAUUUUCAGAGCUGGGAUUAUGUACACAACCAAUGAAAGUGAAGAUGGACCACAACUAAGGUCAAAUAUGUUCUCCUUGAGUGGGACUGGUUUUUUUGGUGCUGUGGGGCGUAGCAUAAACUUGGGGGGUCAAUCUGCUCUAGCAUUACGAUUACUUCUGGCAGUUUUCUCAUCGAAAAUCUCCUCUGAUGUCAACCGACCCUUCGGCGAUGAGGUUGUUUAUUCAAACAUAUUAAAGAGUCAUAAUACAUGUAGUGUCUACAAAAUUUAUGAAAUUUCUACCUUAGUUUAUGAAUCUUUGCAAAAUUUGCAGUUUCGUGCUGCUCGAAAAGCUUCUGAAGAAGUUGGUGCUCAAAUAGUUUUGGGGGAUCGGCCCAUUGAAAUAACUGUGGGUAGAUUUUGAUAACAUCCCCCAUACUAGCUCCUUCUCCUUUUUAAGUUUAGUUUUUCAUUUCUUCUUUUAAAUAUGCCCUUGCAGCUUGAAAGGGCUUGGAAUUCUCUGAAGUGGGCUGAGAAAGUUAGUUUAGUGCGCUCUGUUAUUCGUGGGAUAACAUCAUCAUCUGAUAUAUCCAGGAAUGAUCUAGAGGAACAGAAUACAGAUGACAGCACCUUUCAGCUUUAUGAGAGGCUAAGUUUCUUAUAUCCAUCACUUCUGCAACCCCUUAUACACGAGCGAGACACAGUGAGUACAUGUAUACUUGAACCGUAAAGAUCAUUGGAACCCUUUCUUGUAAAUUAGUCAGGCACACUCCAAAAUGAGAAACGAAAAUAGAUAGAGGGUAGCUAUCCAUGGAAAACUGCAGUUUGAAAUUCUAUGUUGAUAGCUUGUCAUGCAUUAUAAGUUUAAUUAUAGUCUCCUCAAAAUCCUAAUUUCAUUCCUUUCAUCUGGAUCACUCAACUUACAUUUGCUUUAUGUGAAUUCUGUUUAUUAAUUUUUCACUGAUGCCGAACAUGAUCACAUUAUAUCAUGCCUGUUAUGCUGACAAAAAACCAAAAAAGAGAUAUCAUGCUGGUUAUGUCAAUUUCUAGGAGGCCAUAAUUUGCCCUUUUAGAAAGGAAAGUGUUUUCCUUUGUUCUCUUACGAACGAACAUAUGCCUCUGUGUUUUCAGUAUCUUGCCUGGUCUUUAAAGCGGAGCAAAGCUGUCAAUAACUGCAAGAAGGUGGUAGGGGUAAUUGGAAAGGGACACAUGAAUGGCGUAGUAUACGCACUGAUAUCUGACCAAGGAAACUUGCGGUUCAGAGACCUUGCAGGGAAGAGACCAUCUGAAGUUGGGUCUAAUGGUUUGGUUGAAGGUAUUCUUAAGAGCUUGGUUAGAGACACCGUGAUUGGCAUUCUUUUGUGGGCAUUAUAUGAGCUUAUAAAGGAAGGAUCAUAGCAUGCAGUACUAAUAGAUAUACAUACAUAUAAUCUCGUAGCAUCAAAAUUCAUAUUGCAAAGAAAUGUUCAUAAAGAAAAAUAACAAAUGCUA